GAAUUAUGUCAAACAGACCAUCAUGCCAGAGACCCACAGUUGUUCCAUCAACAUUGAUGAUGGGAAGUUGAGUUCAAUUAACAAAAAAAAAAGGAUUAUUAAUAAUGAAAAUUAAUAUUUCUUCAAUGAAACGUGUCUAAAAAAAGGACUUCAUCAUAUUUUUUUACUUGUAGAAAUCUGUCGUUUUCUUGAUCCUGAUCUUGGUCCUCUGUAAAUAUAUAAAAAAAAAAACUUGCUCUUCCUGUGUAUGUGUAUGUGUGUUUGUUUGUGUUAGUGUUUCGGUUCGCGAAUGAGUGCACCUGUGCCCUGUUUUUUGACGGAGAUAUGCUGAAUUUACAAUUGUCACAAAGGGCAGACAAUAGCGAGGAAAUGGGGUUGAGGCGUCGACGCAAUAAAUUAAGGUUCAGGUCGGCAAAGUGAUUGUUUAAUGCUCAGGACAAAGAGGCGAGAAAAUGAUGACUGCCAUGGCCCGGUUGCCUUGCAAGCAAACCUCGCCGUCUCAACAACCAAAGCUCAACAAUUUUAAUAACAACAGAGGCUACUGGGAUAUGCAACCUCAACAACAAGUUGUUGCUGCUGCACCACCACCCUACGUCAGGAAUCAUCAUCGUCAACAUGAUUAUUCAGGUAAGAGGAAGAGUGCAGUUGAGUUGCUGCAGGAAUCUAAGGCCUUCUACGUGAAGAGUGAGACUGUACUGGACCGGAAACAAGAGUUGAAGAACAGCGGUCACCUUCAGGUAUCUCAGUUAACAGCUCCCGGUGCACCUCCGAGGCUUCUUAGAAAAUGCGGAAAUCCUGUUCCCGGUACCAUUCAACAGACAUCCCCACAACUGCCAGGUCCACUCUCCCCGCCUUGUUGUUGGGCCACGUGCCACGAACAGGAUAAGCCUGACGGAGUACUAAGUCCUCAACGAACACUGCCACCUGCGCUGCCACCGAAGAGCCCUCGAUUGGUACCGGCUCCUCAGCGUCGCACUAUUUCCGGUCCGCCUAGUGGUACCGGAAGCGAUCAACUUCAAACAAAAUUGCGUAGACUACUUAACACCGAUAGCAAGGAAAAUGUAUUUUUUCCCGAUAAUAACGAUUAUCAUUCAACGCAAAAUAUUCAAACGAAUGGAGGCUGUCGAGAGGAUAAAUUUAGAUGUUCCCCCGGAAGUUUUUCACCCGGAUGUCGAGAUGAGGAUCGUACCACGCUGUGUACGCCGGAUAUACGUUUUAAAUUCGGAAGAAGUAAUUCUCACUCCCACACGUCUGCAAGAUCUGUUAAGAAAUCAAGUAAUUCCGCUUCUGGAGAAAGCACGGUUUGUCACAAGUCAUUGCCGGAUCUUCAUACAAGCACGCGACGUCGAGCGUCGCUAUCUCCAAGAGCGUCCACUAAAUCGUCCUCGAAACCCCUUGUGACCUCUCAUCAUCAAUCUGGAGGCAACUGUCCAGAUUGUGAAACAAGUUCUGAUUAUUCUGACCUUAGUUUUAAACGUGACUCUAUGUGCUACCGCAGUUCUAGGAAUAUUCGAAGAUCACUUGGCUCUGGUGGUGGUGAUGCAAGCAGUGUUUUAUCCUCCGGUGGCCGAACACAAAAAUCAUCAGGAUCCAGCAAAUUAAGUCAUGGUGCAACUGCAAGGGACUCUGGUGGUUCUUCCGGUCAUUGUACACAUCGAAGUGAACCGCCACCAAGAAUUCAGGAUGUUUGGAGUCACAUUCGAAGAGAUAGCGGAGCGUCUACUCAACAUUCCACUGAGAAAGACAGAUCAAGAAAAAGUAGUUAUGGCAGCGGAACACCAUCGUCAGUUGUUAGACAUUACAGUCCUGAAUCCAAUAGUAGCAAUAGUCAAACUGAAUACAGUCCCACCUGCAAUUCAAGGUUCUCGGACGGUUGGAAAGAAGGACGCGGACGUCCAAUUUUGAGAUCAAAGUCUGAUAUCAGCGAUAGAUAUUGGCGACACGAGAGUAGUGGUCGUUCGACUAAAAAAUUAUCAUCAUCAUCAACAUCAUCACGACCAGCACGUUCAUUUACACAAUUGGAAAAUUUCUUUGAUCGCUUAGGACUUGAUUCAGAGAAUUAUCAACGUAUCACUGAGCCCGAUUCAAAAUCAUCGUCGCCCGUCUUUUUUGACAGUGUAAGUUCAGUGGAUUCAGCAUUGGGACUUUAUUCAUAUGUUGGCAGUAAUCAAGGUAAUCCAGGUAAUCAAUGGCAAAGUAAUAAUUGUAGUACUGGUAUGGGAAAUGAAGAGAGUAACCAAAGGUCAUGCGAUCAACCAAGUAUCGUUGAGAGAAAUGCGAGAAUUAUUAAAUGGCUCUGUCAAUGUCGUAAAGUGCAAUUUGGAUACAGUUAAACGUGAAAUUAUAUCAAUGAAACAAAAAAAAAAAAAAAAAAAAAAAAAAACAAA